ACUGGUGGUAAUCCAAACGUUAGCAGGCUGUAAAUAAUGUUAUUUUGGAAAUAACAUAUAAUAAUUCUAAACAGUCUAAAACAUUGCAAGACGCACAGAAAAAAAACGAGUUGGAUCUGUGAAAAAGUACGACUGCAGGAAUUUAUUUUGUCUCAGUGCAGGUUGCAUCGUCCAUUUGUUUUUAAAGAUGAGUAGUGAAUCGGACGCUAACAAGGAGUUUAUGGAGCAGCUGCGGAUGCAGGAACUCUAUGGGCAGAGAAAAGAAGAUGGUUCUGACCCCUUCACUUACACUGAUCCAGAGGAUGGGACUGUGUAUGACUGGGACCCUGAAAAAAAAGCUUGGUUUCCUAAGGUAACAGAGGACUUUAUUGCAGCUUACCAGGCCAACUAUGGCUUCACUGAGGAAGGAGGUCCAGAUGCAAACAAGGCAACAGUGAGCAGCUCAGAUCCACCUGCUCCUGAACCAAACAGCAAGCCACCAGUAAAGGAGAAAUCCAUAGAUUCUGCCCCAAAUCCAAUCCAAGACCAGCAUGGGACAUCCACUAAAGAGACCAAGCAGAAAGGGGAGAAAAGAAAAGCAGACCCAGGAUGGUUUGAUAUUGAUGAUAACAAGAACACAAACGUCUAUGUGUCAGGCCUGCCUCCAGAUAUCACUCCCGAUGAGUUUGCUGAGUUAAUGUCGAAAUGUGGUAUUGUCAUGCGGGACCCCAUUACCGAAGAGUACAAAAUCAAACUUUACAAGGACAAAGAAGGAAAUCUGAAGGGAGAUGGCCUCUGCUGCUAUCUCAAGAAAGAAUCAGUAGCACUGGCCAUGCGUCUGAUUGAUGAGUCAGAGGUCCGAGGUUAUAGACUCCACGUGGAAGCAGCACGGUUUGAACUCAAGGGUCAAUAUGAUGCCAGCAAGAAGAAGAAGAAAAGCAAAGAUUACAGAAAGAAGCUGCAGCAGCAGCAAAGACAGUUGGACUGGAGGCCUGAGAAGCAAGGAGAAACAAGGAAGAGGCACGAAAAAGUUGUCAUCAUCAGAAACAUGUUCCAUCCCAGUGACUUUGAGGAAGACCCUCUGGUGCUGAAUGAGUACCGUGACGAUCUGCGUACAGAGUGUGAGAAGUUUGGAGAAGUUAAGAAGGUCAUCCUUUUUGAUAGACACCCAGAUGGGGUUGCAUCAGUUGCAUUCAAAGAGACUGAGCAAGCUGAUGCUUGUAUUCUUUCCUUCAAUGGUCGCUGGUUUGGAGGAAGGCAGCUGUCUGCACUGCUGUGGGAUGGAGUAACAGAUUAUCAGAUUGAAGAGACGACACGCGAACGAGAGGAGCGGCUAAAGGGAUGGUCCACUUUUUUGGAAGGAGGCAAUCAAGAACAACAGAAAAACAACGGCAGCAAAUCAGCAGAGAGCAGCACGGCCACAGACCCCACAAAGCCCGAGCAGCAGCCUCAAACAGAACCGCAGUCCUCAGAGCAACCGCAGCAGGAGGAGGAAGUGGACUCUACUGAUAGUAGCCUGGCAGGAAGCGAGGAUGAGGAAGCCUAGACACUGAUAUCAUAGUACCCUGUGGAGGUCAACCAGGACAGUCAUGCUGGAUGGGUGGGAGGGUUGGACCGUUUGAGCUCUUUUGUAAUUUAGAAAAAUAAAAAAAAAAUUGACCCCCUUUUUUUUCCCCAUCAUUUUAGUUUACACAAUAAUACUAAGACUUCCACUUAAUAACCUGGUUGUUCCUUUAAUACACAACUUUCUAAUUUACAGUGUAGUUUGCAUCAUAGUGCUGAUAACUAGAUGUCUGUAAAUUAGUAGAACUGAACUCUAAGUGUUCAUUUCUUUUUUUUGUUCUUUUUUAUUUUGCAAUGAUGUGGUCUGAUUUGAUUUUAUCUAAUUCUUGGAACAAAUAUUUUUUUAAACUGAAACACCCAGGUAUACUAAGUAUUGGCUUCUUCUUUUUGCAGUUCAGCACAAUACCAUCUAUUUUAUAGCAAUGUUGCAUUUUCUCUGAGACAUAAAGAAAAAACAGUGCAUGCAUAUGUCACAAUACUCAAAAUGAAUCUGUCAAAAGUAGAUCAUGAAAAGUCAAGAUUGCCAUAAAAUAUGGUUUGUUCUUGGGAAGGUUUUCCUUUCUAUAACAAGUAUAGAUACCAAAGGGACAGUUAGUCUUGUGUAGACAACUCUCAAACUGAUCUUGUUUAAUAGUAAGGAUCAUCAUAUUGAUUCCAGUUUAAACACAAAGCACACAUUUUAAUAAAUGUUUUUUUCCCCUCCAACUCAAACACUCGUUGCUUUUUGUAGAUGGAAUUUAAAAGCAGCACAUCUACAUACUUGACCAAUAACACUGUUUCAAACAUGCACAAGUAUAUCUUAUGUAACGCAACAGCACUAAUCAGACCAAAACCAGUU